ACUGCUUUAGUGAUUAAAUUCAUUUUAUCUCCAGCAAAAUAUGUGCGCUACUGGCAAUGGACAUCCACCUGACAAUUACGAAGUAGCCAUAGCUGAUGAUUUGUUUGUAAAGUUCAAUCGAGAUGAUGGAUAUGAAGACCUUGACGGGAACAUAGAUAUGGAUAUCACAGACAUGGCGAACAUGGCGAGCUUGGGAGGAAAUGUACAGGAAGGUGGAGAUGGAGGAAACAAGCAAAAAGAGCCACCCGAAGAAACUUUCACCAUCCAACAAGCCAUUGACAACAUCGGUUUUGGCAAGUUCCAGGUUAAACUCUCUGUUCUCACAGGAUUUGCCUGGAUGGCAGAUGCGAUGGAGAUGAUGAUCCUGGCAAUUCUGUCUCCUGCCUUGCACUGUGAGUGGCAGCUACAAGGUUGGCAAGAAGCUCUUAUCACAACAGUUGUGUUCGCUGGGAUGAUGGCCAGUUCCAGCAUCUGGGGCAGCAUGUGUGACAAGUAUGGCAGGAAGACAGAGCUGAUCCUGUGUUCGGUGUUUACCUGCUACUUCGGCAUCCUGAGUGCCUUCGCCCCCACCUACAUCUGGCUGCUCAUACUGCGGGGUCUGGUCGGUUUUGGCAUUGGGGGAGCACCACAGUCAGUAACCUUAUAUGCAGAAUUCCUGCCAUCCAAGUCACGAGCUACCUGUGUGAUCCUGGUAGAGAUCUUCUGGGCCCUAGGGGCCUGCUUUGAAGUAGUGCUUGCUUUGAUUGUAAUGCCAACACUGGGAUGGAAAUGGCUGUUGGGUCUGUCUGCCAUACCUCUCCUCAUCUUCUCCAUCUGCUGUGCAUGGUUACCAGAGAGUGCACGCUAUGAUGUUACACGAGGUCAAACCGAGAAAGCAUUUGCAACAAUACAACGUAUUGCUAAGGACAAUGGCAAGCCCAUGCCACUUGGCCGACUUCUUGAGCCACAUGCACAGUCAUCAAAGCCUAUCAGGCGAGGCCGGAUAUCAGACUUGUUUACACCAGAAUACAGAAUUACCACCGGUCUACUGUGGGUCAUUUGGUUGGUCUGUGCCUUCUCCUACUAUGGUAUUGUGCUUCUUACCACAGCUUUGUUUGAAAGUCCAGAUGGAUGUCAUGGGACUGAUGUGAUGUACAAUCCCAAUCCUGCAUGUUUCCUGGAGUGCAAGACCCUCACCACAGCAGAUUACAGAGAUCUGGUUUGGACAACAUUUGCUGAGUUUCCUGGAUUAUUUGUGACAGUAUUCUUCAUAGAGAAGAUAGGCAGGAAAUACACAAUGGCAGUGGAGUUCAGCAUCUUCACUGUAUUUGUGUUCCUGGUCAACAUCUGCACAACUAGGGCAUUGCUGACAGUAUUCCUGUUUGUGUCCCGCGCCUUCAUUGCUGGAGCCUUUCAGGCAGCUUAUGUCUAUACCCCAGAGGUGUACCCUACAUCUAUGAGAGCCGUGGGAAUAGGUUCCUGUAGUGGCAUGGCCCGAGUAGGUGCUAUAGUAACACCCUUCAUAGCACAGGUUUUACUUAAGCAUUCUGCUUAUGCUACAAUCUCUAUAUAUGGAGGAAUGUGUCUGCUGGCUACCAUUGCCUCCAUUUUGCUGCCUAUAGAGACCAAGGGUAGAGAGAUGACGGAUGUGAGUUCUGAAGUAAGUGCACCUAAGUGAAGAGGUGUGUCAGCAUAAAACAGAAUAGAUCUUUUUAACAUCAGCAGGACUUGAGAGCCAAUGAAGAUCAUUAAGAAAGUUGGGUGUUUUAUUUUAUUAAUUUGAAGUAUUAAUAUAUAACAUGUUCUGUUUAAUGUUUUGUGCAUAUAUAUUGUCACUGCAUUUUAUUAAUUUAAUUUAUUAAUAGAUAACAUGAUCUGUUUAAAGGUUAGUGCAUUUAUAUCAUCAUUUUAUUUUGUCUCCUUUAGGAAACAGUGUGGAUAAAAAAAUUGUUGUAAGAAAUAAUCAAUUACAUGAAUAUUAUGAGAUUUUCAUGAAAAGAAUAAAAAAAAUCCCAUGUCAAGUCAAUCCUAUGUUUGUCAAGUCAAGUCUUCUACCAAAUCGGGUACUGUUUGACAUCAUAAUAUGAAAAACAAGAGCAUUUUUUGCUUGUACAUGUGAAAACAAAUAAAGGGCCCCAGACCUAUGUCCCAGGAUUGCCAAUUGAAUACUCUUCCCUAACUCUUUGCCCUGUAGUUGUGUUGUGUGACACCCUUCCCACCAUGGCCUCUCUCACCUUGUGGCCCACACUCACCCUCUCACCUUGUAGCCCACACUCACCCACUCACCUUGUGGCCCACACUCACCCUCUCACCUUGUAGCCCACACUCACCCUCUCACCUUGUAGCCCACACUCACCCUCUCACCUUGUAGCCCACACUAACCCUCUCACCUUGUAGCCCACACUCACCCUCUCACCUUGUAGCCCACACUCACCCUCUCACCUUGUGGCCCACACUCACCCACUCACCUUGUGGCCCACACUCACCCUCUCACCUUGUAGCCCACACUCACCCUCUCACCUUGUG